AUGGUGAAGCUAACAAUAGUUGGAAGGGUGUGCGAUGGGUUGCCUCUAGCCCAAGGUCAAAGAUAUGUCAAUGAAAAGAAUGACAACUUCUCAAGUUACAAGCAACAAGGAGAGUUCAUACUAGAAGAAAUCUCAAGAGGAACCUUGCCACUCUCAACGAUGACCAUUAGUGUCGAUCAACACUGUUUCAACUAUAUGGUUGAGAAUGGAGUUUGCUUCAUUACACUCUGUGAUUCCUCAUAUCCAAUAAAGCUAGCCUUCCACUAUUUACAAGAUUUGCAAAGGGAGUUUGAGAAGUUUGAUAUGACCCUCUUGGAGAAAAUUACAAAACCAUACAGUUUUGUUAGAUUUGAUGGCAUUAUUAGCAGUACUAGAAGACAAUACAUAGAUACAAGGACACAGGCAAAUCUAUCAAAGCUAAGUGCUAAUCGUCGACAGGAACUAGAUAUUGUUACAGAACAUAUAUCUGAAAUAUUUGAAAGAAGACGAAGAACGGUAUCAUCAGAGAUGCUGGAAAUGAUGAUGGAAGCGCCUCGAAAUGUAUCUCCAGUCUGGGGUUCCAAAAGUCUUGAGAUGGUGAAGCUAACAAUAGUUGGAAGGGUGUGCGAUGGGUUGCCUCUAGCCCAAGGUCAAAGAUAUGUCAAUGAAAAGAAUGACAACUUCUCAAGUUACAAGCAACAAGGAGAGUUCAUACUAGAAGAAAUCUCAAGAGGAACCUUGCCACUCUCAACGAUGACCAUUAGUGUCGAUCAACACUGUUUCAACUAUAUGGUUGAGAAUGGAGUUUGCUUCAUUACACUCUGUGAUUCCUCAUAUCCAAUAAAGCUAGCCUUCCACUAUUUACAAGAUUUGCAAAGGGAGUUUGAGAAGUUUGAUAUGACCCUCUUGGAGAAAAUUACAAAACCAUACAGUUUUGUUAGAUUUGAUGGCAUUAUUAGCAGUACUAGAAGACAAUACAUAGAUACAAGGACACAGGCAAAUCUAUCAAAGCUAAGUGCUAAUCGUCGACAGGAACUAGAUAUUGUUACAGAACAUAUAUCUGAAAUAUUUGAAAGAAGACGAAGAACGGUAUCAUCAGAGAUGCUGGAAAUGAUGAUGGAAGCGCCUCGAAAUGUAUCUCCAGUCUGGGGUUCCAAAAGUCUUGAGGUUAUUGCAUUGAAAUGGACUCCAAUUUCAAUUAUUCUCAUGGUAGCUGCAGUUCUUCUAUGGACCAGGGAUGUAUAUUGGCUUCCACUGUCCAUGUGA